AUGCUGAAUGAGGGAAAUCUGAGUAUUGGAGCCCCUUUUGUCCUGUUGGGCUUCUCAGAAUACCCACAACUCCAGGCACCCUUAUUCCUGGUGUUCUUGACCAUCUACACAGUCACUCUGGUGGGAAAUCUGGGCUUAAUUGUGGUCACAAGGAUCAAUCCCAAACUGCAUACACCCAUGUACUUUUUCCUUAGGCAUCUGUCCUUUCUGGAUAUUUGCUAUUCCUCGGUCAGCACACCCAAACUGUUAGAAAUCUUGGUUGUGGAAGACAGAACUAUCUCCUUCAAAGGAUGCAUGACACAGUUUUUCUUUGGCUGCACAUUUGUGGUUACAGAAAUGUCCACCUUAGCGGUGAUGGCUUAUGACCGGUUUGUGGCUGUUUGUAACCCCUUGCUCUACACAGUUGCACUAUCUCACAAGCUCUGUGCUCUCUUGGUAACUGGGACUUAUUUGUGGGGUGCACUCUGUUCCCUCAUCCUCACAUGUUCUCUUUUGGAACUAUCCUACUGUGGACCUAACAUCAUCAAUCAUUUUGGAUGCGAGUACUCCGCCAUUCUCUCCCGCGCCUGUUCUGACCCCUACUUCAGUCAGAUGGCGUGUUUAGUCAUUUCUGUCUUCAAUGAGGCUUGCAGCCUCCUGAUCAUCCUGGCCUCCUAUGUCUUCAUCCUUGUCACUAUCAUCAGCAUGCCCUCUACAGGUGGACUCCGCAAAGCCUUCUCUACUUGCUCCUCUCACCUGACUGCUAUCUCCAUCUUCCAUGGGACCAUCCUCCUUCUCUACUGUGUGCCCAACUCUACGCGCUCAUUGCUUCUCAUCAAAGUGGCCACCGUGUUUUACACCAUUGUGAUCCCCAUGCUGAAUCCCCUCAUCUACAGCCUUAGAAAUAAUGACGUGAAGGAAACUGUGAGAAAAUUAAUUCACACCAAACUGCUUUCUCAUUCAAUAUAA